CAGCUACAUCUCCUCUUCCAAACCGGGAAAGGACAGGCGGCCGCGAUCUCCUGCACCGAUCCGACCUAGCUAUGAGAAAUGAAUUCCAACACGAGAUCUAAAUACAUGGAGAUUUUGGAUUUCCAGGGCACUAUUACUGCUACGACAAACAAAGAUAUUUGGCUUCAAUUCUCCCGAUUGGCUGCUGCUACGCCUGCGCUCGCGCGCUCCCGUCUCGCGCGUGUAUAAAUUGAUGCACACACGACUGACUGCAUCAUCAGUACGACUACGACGGUACUAGCAUCCCCAGCCAGGUCUUCUUCGACCGAUCGAUUCAGCUGCUGAUCGUAGUGGCAGAGUUGGUGAUCAUCAUGAGGGUUGCAGCAGCAGGACGCACCUCCUUGUUCCUCGUCCUGCCGCUGCUGCUGCUUCUUGUGGUAUCGGCCACAGUUCGUUCUGCGGCGGCGGCGGCGACCAAGGUGUGGAAAGGGGAAGGGACUCGAUACAGCGUCAUGGCUUUCCAUGCCGCUGGGGACGGCGUGACGGAUGAUACCAAGGCGUUCGAGGAGACAUGGGACUCUGCGUGCAGGGACAGCGGCGGAGCCAACGUGUACGUCCCUGUGGGAAGGACCUUCUUGCUGCGCGACGCCACUUUCAACGGGCCCUGCAAGUCACCCAUCACGAUGCAGGUGGACGGGGACAUCGUGGCGCCAAGCACCCUCUGGCAGCUAAAAUCGUCAAGCGUGCUGACCUUCCACGAGGUCGACAACCUGACGGUGGACGGCAGCGGCCAGAUCGACGGCCGAGGCGCCCCGUGGUGGGAUUGCCACAACCACAAGAAAUGCAGUGUCCGGCCAAUGCUGGUGUCAUUCUCGUUCUGCAACGGUCUACGGGUGACCAACAUACGCCUCAAGGACAGCGCCCUCAAGCACAUCAGCGUGUACAGGUGCAGCCAGGCGCUGGUGCACAACGUCUCCAUCUCCGCGCCCUGCGACAGCCCUAACACGGACGGGAUCACCAUUGGGGCCUCCGACCAUGUCCGCGUCUCCUCUUCCUCCAUCAAGUCCGGUGAUGAUUGUGUGUCGAUUAUAACGGAAACCACCGAUGUCAACGUCACUGACAUCACGUGUGGGCCCGGUCAUGGCAUCAGUGUGGGAAGCCUUGGAGGUGCUGGUGAAGGCCCAGCGAUGGUGGAGAGGAUUACAGUAUCCAACUGCAACUUCUUUAACACGACGAACGGUGUCAGGAUCAAAUCUUGGCAGGGCGGGCAAGGCAAAGCGAGCGGAUUCAUUUUCAGGGACCUCAACAUGACUGAAGUCCAACAUCCUAUCGGCAUCGACCAGUUCUAUUGCCCACAUGGAAACUGUCCAGAACGGCAAGGUGGUGUGGCCAUAACGGACGCGAGGUUCAUCAACAUCCAUGGGACGUCCUCCGAGCGAGAGGCUAUCAAGAUCAUGUGCAGCAAUAGCGUGCCGUGCCACGACAUCUAUCUCGAUAAUGUCGACCUAUCAUGGUGUAAACACACUGCUCCACCAAAAGCCAAGAUUAUGAAUGCCCAUGGGAGCGUCGCGGGCAAGGUGAAGCCACAAGUGCAGUUCUUGGGCCGUUGAUCCCGAGUGCUCUUUGUUGUGAACAUAGUGCUUGGACAUAGACAGAGGAGCAGUGCAAAAAUUCUUACCUUAGGUGAGCGCCAUGUAAGGUCAGGGUAGUGGUGUUAAAAUUGGAUUGGCUGUAAGGAUGGUAGUUAUGGCCGACUACACAUACACACAAG